AUGGACCCGGACGUCUCCAGGCGACCAUACAUCGAGGAACGAUGGAGGAUGAGGAACAAGGGGUCUUCCGUAUCAAAGGCAUCUUCCUCCGAUUACACCACUCGAAUCGAAGACACUUUCGUCAAUGAACACCACUUGGACACAGAAGCUGUGCUCGACCCUUGUCCUCCCCCAGAAGACUCUCUCGACCGAGAAAAGCAAUCUCUCACGGCAUUCGAGUCGCUCCACAAGUGGACCACGGAUCAUGACGUCAAGAGACAGGCUUUAUCCACCUUUCCCCACCCUCUUCCUCUUUUCAUCUUUCAACUGACUUUACAACCCGGAGAAUCCACCGCAACCGAGGCUUUCAUCGUUCCCGGAACUAAUCCCAGUGUCCUCUCACAGGCUGCUUUGCAGAUAUUUAAGAAAUAUAGAAAAGAACAUAGUGAUUAUGAUGCAGCCACUGUCAUCGUCACCCUCGUAUGGGAUGAAGCUGACGAAGACUUCAAGGUUGCCAUUGAAGCUGGUGCAACCUGCCAGACAAAGGAACUGUCCCAAGCGUACCAGAAUUCGUUGCAAGAAUGGUUCGCAGCUAAUCCGACGAUCCAGCGAAGGGACCCCGUAGCAGUCAAAGAUCUGGUAAGAAGAGCAGGACAGAGGGUCCAUGACAAAGGCAAAGACCUGGAUUUACUUGUGCUACAAACCCGACACCCCAAUUACAACUUCCCAUACGAUAAACCACUGGGGGAUCCCUCUACAACACUUGUCGCCACUCUCUAUUGGUAUAAAACUCAACGGAGAUUCAUGUUUGCCGUUGAUCCCCCACGUGGAGUUUCUUACACCACACGCACAACUGCAUUAAAAGAAGCUUAUGCAAAAUUCCUCGGAAGAACACAUCAGCCAGAGAUUACAGCUGAUCCCUGUCGAGCUUAG